CGCUCGUGCAAACUGCUGCCAUAGCUGAGAAAGUAUUCACCGGACAUUUUAAGUUGGAUUGUGGAUAAAAUUUACAUAAAAGAUUAUUUGAAGCCUCUAAUUCCACCAUGAGCCGUGGGAAUCAACACACCAUCUUCAGAAUGUCCAUGUUUUGCGUGGUAUUGUUUUGGUUUGGAACGUCAGUGGUUUCUUGCACAGACCUGCAAGUUAUCACCGUGGCAACACAUGCAAACGAUGGUCUCCGAAGGUACAUGAAGUCUGCACAGAAAUAUGGAUUCGAUGUCAAAGUCCUGGGCUUCGGCCAACAGUGGGAUGGUGGUGAUAUGGAGGCUGGAAUUGGUGGAGGUCACAAGGUCAACAUGCUGAAAGAAGGACUCCAGGAGUUCGCAGGACGGGAUGACCUCCUCCUGAUGUUUACUGACAGUUACGAUGUUGUAUUUACUAACACGGCCGAAGAAUUGCUAAAAAAGUUCAAGAAAUUUGAUGCCAGAGUGAUAUUUUCUACGGAGGGUUUCUGUUGGCCCAAUCGAGACCUGGCUGAAGAUUACCCAGAAGUCAAACCACAGGAAAGUCGAUUCCUAAACUCCGGAGGAUUCAUUGGGUACGCCAAAGAUAUCGUGGAAAUCAUCAACCAUAAGGCUAUAGGUAAUCAGGACGACGAUCAACUGUAUUACACAGAAAUAUUCUUGGACAAAGCUCUGCGAAAAAAAUGGAACUUAAAGUUGGACACUAAAUCAGAAAUAUUUCAAAAUCUCCAUGGUGUUUUAGGAAAUGUUGACCUGAAGUUUGUAGGAUCAAGGAGUUAUCUGUACAAUUCCAAGACUGGGACCACUCCUGUUGUUAUCCACGGAAAUGGUCCAAUUAAGCCGGAGUUUAACCGAAUUGCAAACUACCUUGGUGACGGGUGGACACAGAGUAUGGGCUGUCAGUCAUGUCAGGAGGAUUUUAUCAGUCUGCGAGAUGUCAAGCCAGAUGAUUUUCCUACAGUACUGAUGGCCGUGAUGAUUGAACAGCCAACGCCAUUCCUUAAUGAGUUUUUGGGACAUAUCCGAGAUCAGAUCUACCCUAAACAAAAGAUAAGCCUUUUUGUUCACAACAAGGUGAAGCUCCAUGAUAAGACCGUGUCAGACUUCCUGGAAACCGUGAAAGACGAUUACCAUUCCAUCAACCACUUACGGGCUGAUGACCAAGUAACCGAGAUCCAGGCUCGUAACUGGGCACUCGAGGAAUGUACGAAGAGAAAAUGUCAGUAUUUCUUCAACGUCGAUUCCACAUCCCAACUGCGUCACCAUGGUGGACUUCACAUCCUUAUAGAGACCAACAGGACAGUACUGGCACCGAUGUUGACAAGGCCAUAUAAACUCUGGUCAAACUGGUGGGGCGCCCUCAACAAAAACGGAUUCUACGCCCGUUCGGACGAUUACAUGGAUAUUGUACAGAAUAACAAGAUGGGUUUAUGGAAUGUUCCGUUUAUCACUGGUACAUAUCUCGUUCACGGAUCUUUAGUCCCAUCCUUACAUGGAGCCUACACCAAUCCUGACCUUGACCCAGAUAUGGCUUUUUGCAAGGUCAUCCGUGAUAAGGGUAUUUUCCUGUAUGUAUCCAACAUGUUUAUGUACGGGCACCAGACAGAUCCUGAUAACUAUGAGACAACACACAAAAAUAACGACAUGUUUGAUAUCUUCAACAAUCCUUGGGACUGGGAGUUGAAAUAUAUAAAUAAGAAUUAUUCGAUGAGUCUAGAUCCUAACUACACACUUCCCCAGCCAUGCCCGGAUGUUUUCUGGUUCCCUAUCGUCACUGAUGCUUUUUGUGAUGAACUCAUCUCAGAGAUGGAAAAUCAUGGUGGUUGGUCUGGAGGACGCGACAGUCACAAGGAUGAGAGAUUAGCCACAGGCUACGAGAAUGUACCUACAGUCGACAUCCAUAUGAAUCAGAUUGGAUUCGAGAGACAAUGGCUGCAUUUCCUGAAGAUCUACGUAUCAAGACUACAACAGCGGGCUUAUGAGGGAUACUUCCAUGAUCCUCCACAUGCUAUCAUGAACUUUGUGGUACGUUACCGACCAGAUGAACAGCCUUUCCUAAAACCUCACCACGAUUCAUCAACCUUUACGAUUAACAUCGCCCUAAACACACCGAACGUAGACUUCGAGGGAGGUGGCUGUAGAUUUAUACGUUACAACUGCAGCGUUCAGUCCACAAGAAAAGGCUGGAUGUUGAUGCACCCAGGGCGACUGACACAUUACCACGAAGGACUUUAUACAACUAAGGGCACACGUUAUAUUAUGGUGUCAUUCAUAGACCCAUAAACAUCACAUCUUGGUCUUAUUCAUAAUGGUCUCAUUAUUCCAUAAACAACAUUUUGUCUUGGUCUAAUAAUAAGAAGACUGCAACAUCUCAUAUUUUUCAUGGUUCAUAGACCAAUAAAUACUAUGCUACAAACAUGGUGUCAUUCAUACACCCAUAAACGUCAUGUUUCAUUUAUAGAUCCGGAAAUAGCGCCUCAAAUGUACUACAAACAUCACCUCAUGAACUACGUGGUCUAACAGGUUGCAUUAUGAUCUUGUUUGAAGACCUAUGGAUACUGCUUCAUAAAGUUUUAUUCAUAGGCCUAUAAAUACCUCUUCAUAUAAGGUUUUAUUUAUAAACCAAUAAUAACACCACAUGUUUUUACAUGUAUGUGAUCGGAUUCUCAAAACGUAUUAAUUAAACUGUUAUCAACAAUGUAUCUGUCUUUAAUUUUGAUAAUCGGGCCAGAAAUAAAUUCAAUGUUUAACUUUUUCUGUCCAUCAAACAUUGUUGUUUAGUUUGUUUAUGAAUAAAACUUUCUCUGUUUAUAAAGACUUGCAUAUGAGUAUGCAUCUCUUUGUUAAUUAUACUAUA